CGGCGGCGGCGGGAGCUGCGGGCGUGUGCGCGGGGAGCGCAGCGAAGGCGGGCGGGGGGGAGCGGCAGCGGCGGCGGAGGCACUUGGAGGGGGGGGACGAACCGCCGCACACUUUUGGCCACUGCACGGGAGAGGGGGGACGGAGGCUGCAUGUGCGCAGCGUCGCUCGCGGAUCUCCCGAGACUGAUCUCAGCAUCCCGCAGGCUCAGUCAAAAGCAGCGACGAAACAUCAGCCGCUGCCAGACAUGGAUGAAGGAAUCUCCCGCUUGCCGGAGAGGCAGCUACUGGAGCAUAGGGAUUUUAUAGGGCUGGACUACCCUGCCCUGUAUAUGUGCAAACCCAAAAGAGGAGUGAAGAGGGACGAGAGCAAGGAAACGUACAAACUGCCACAUAGACUGAUAGAAAAGAAGAGGCGAGACAGGAUUAACGAAUGCAUUGCCCAGCUGAAGGAUUUAUUGCCCGAGCAUCUGAAACUAACGACGCUGGGACACCUGGAGAAAGCGGUGGUGCUGGAACUGACUUUGAAGCACUUGAAAGCACUGACAGCCUUAACAGAGCAGCAGCACCAGAAGAUAAUCGCUUUGCAGAAUGGGGAGCGGUCCAUGAAGUCUCCGGUGCAGGCCGACCUGGACGCCUUCCACUCGGGCUUUCAGACGUGCGCGAAGGAAGUGCUGCAGUACCUCUCCCGCUUCGAGAGCUGGACCCCCCGCGAGCAGCGAUGCGCGCAGCUCCUCGGCCACCUGCACUCCAUCUCGUCGCAGUUCCUCCCCGGCCCUCAGCUCCUGUCCCCGCCGCCGGGCCCCCUCAGCAAGGGAUCCUCCUCCUCUUCCUCCCCGCCCGCCCCCCCCUGCGCGCCGGGCCACAAGCCGGAGGGCCAGGCUAACUGCGUGCCCGUCAUCCAGCGGACUCACGCCGCCGAGCUCAGCGCCGAGACCGACACGGACACGGACAGCGGCUACGGCGGCGAGGGCGAGGCGCGCCCCGAGCGCGGCCCCGCGGCGGCGGCCGGCGGAGCGCUGCCCGCCCUGGCCAUCAAGCAGGAGCCGUCGGGGGACGAGGUGCCCCCCGCGCCCAAGCGGCUGAAGCUGGACCGCGGCGGGAGCCCCAUGCCCGGCCCGCCGGGGCUGGCGGCGCGGGGAGCCGAGGCGGCGGCGGCGGCGGCGGCCGCGCUGGUCAGACCCGACGCCGCCCUGCUGGGCUCGCUGAUGGCCCUGGGGGCGGGCGGCGGCGGGGCCCCCUUCGGACAGCCGGCGGCGGCCCCUUUCUGCCUGCCCUUCUACUUCAUCUCCCCCUCGGCCGCCGCCGCCUACAUGCAGCCCUUCCUGGAUAAAAGCAGCCUGGAGAAGUAUCUGUACCCCGCCGCCCCCAUCCCGCUCCUCUACCCGGGCAUCCCGGCCCAGGCGGCCGCCGCCGCGGCAGCCGCCGCCGCCUCCUUUCCCUGCCUCUCCUCCGUGCUCGGCCCCGAGAAGGCGGCGGCGGCCGCCACCGGGCUGCCCCCGACGCCCCACCUCCCGCACCCCUUCGCUGCCGCCGCCGAGCACGCCGAGGAGCCCGAGCCCGCAGCCGCCGAGGAGCCCGGCGCCGAGGGCCCGUGAGACGGCCCGGGGGCUCCCGCCGCCGCUGCCCUCCCCUCGGACUGAGGGGCCGUCGGGCCUGCACUUGCGCCCCCGGGUUCCUACGGAGGGCAGGGGUCGCUGGGGCCCGUGAUCGCCGGGAGCUGGCGGCCGCGGAGUGCCCGGCCCGGCCCGGGGGAGUCCCGCUGCCGGGGCGGCAGGUCCCGGAGCGGCCCCCGCAGAGGACCGUCGAGGAUAAAAUUUGCUACUCAGUAUUUUUUUAAUGUUUGGCUUUAUAAAUGCGUAAAUAAGGAAAACAAAACAAAACAAAAAAAAAAAAAAAAAAAAAAAGAAGAAGAAGGAAGAAAACAUAGUAAGGAUACUUUUUUUUUCUCUCUAUAUAGAGUAAUUAAAUGUGGCACCUUAUUUGGAAUGGGUUUAUACAUUGUGUCCCUAAGUCCCACAUGGGAACUUGCACUUGUUGUCCGGGAGACCUGGAUGGGUUCAGGGUGAGGGCGGGAAGGAGGCGAGGGAGGAAGGGCAGAGCCCAGCACCUGUGCUAGCACUUUAUGGAGAACCGGAGUGUGGAGGAUGCCCUGAGCCCAAACCUGCAGUGCCUUGAGCACCCGGGGAUGCCGCUGGCUCCAGCAAGUUUUGGGUGUGCAAGGAAAGGAGGGUCAGACCCAUUACAUAACCUUGUGUUUAUUUCUUUUUUUUUUUUUUUGGCUAAGGUAUACAGGUGUGGCAAGUGCAUUUGUUCUCACCCCAUCUUUAUUUAAUUCAGAAUGUUCCCGAGAGAUUUUUUUCCCCCCAAACUUUGCUGUAUAAAAUGAAUGUUACUGCACUGAACUACAAAAAGAAACCCCCUUCUCUUCCCCUAAGAAAACACAGAGCAGCUUGUCAGCCUGAGCUCAUUUUAUCCUAAAUUCCGAGUGACACAAACUGGAGGCCGUAGGUAAACACCUCGCUGUGCAACCAGAACUGAUUAACCCACUUGGGGUAAGUUUCCCAUAUGGGUUUUCCCCUCAUCCCAUGCUCAAAUACUGCGUUUUCCCUUUCUGGAGACAAACCAGACGCCAGAUAAUCACACAGAUAAAGCUUUUAUAAUAAGGCUUAAACCAAGACCUUGCCUAGAUAUUUUUAGUUUGUUGCCAAGGUAGCACUGUGAGAAAUCUCACUUGAAUGUUAUGUAAGAGGUGAGACACCACAGCCUGGCGAGGAGUGUGUGCGUGUCCGGGGUCCGUCAGUCCGUUUGGUGCAUCUGCUGCUGCUGUUGCUACUGUUUGCCUCAAACGCUGUGUUUAAACAACGUUACAAAAAAAAAAAAAUCUUACUAGCCUACAGAGUGGCUGUAUGUAAAUAGUUGUUAAUACAUCCAAUUAAUGACGUCUGACAUGCUAUUUUUGUAGGGAGAAAAAUAUGUGUUAAUGAUAUUUUGAGUUAAAUAUCUUUUGGGAGGAUUUGCUGAAAAAGUUGCACUUUUGUUACAAUGCUUAUGCUUGAUACAAGCUUAUGCUGUCUUAAAUUAUUAAAAAAAAAUAAAUCCUGUCUGCAAGAAACCAGCUGUUUUAGAACAGUUUAGUAUGUGAUAUAUUAGAAAUCAAUCUUUAUAUUCAGUAUUUUCCAGCACUCCAUGAAUUCUAUUAUCUAAAUAUUUCCACACUAUUUUGUGAUUUAAAAAAUUCUUAAUAAGGAAUAAAAACUUUAAUACACAAAA